AAUGAUUGAAGAUGAUGAAUCUGAAGGCUUCUUUUAAUUCAAACUAUAGAAAAAGAUUAAGAAGCAUAGAAGCAUACCAUUAAGGAUUUAAAAGCAUUAUGAAUCCCUAAGUUUGAUGUAGAACAAGGCAACUGAUUAAGAAUAAUCGAUCCUCUCUUUAAUCCAAAAACGAGUGGAAUGUAAUAUUUAGCAGUAUUAUCAAUAGUCUAUUCCAAAAAUAAAUAUAUUAUUUAAUGGAAAGAAAAUAUUUCUGAAUCUCAUUCAACUCUAUUUGUAAAUCUAAUCAAAAGUGAAUCAGAAACUUUUGAAGAUAGUGAAUUUUAUUUCCAAUAACCUCUUGAUGAAUUUCCUCUAGGAAAUUAUUCACACUGAA